AUGGAUGAAACAGAACGACGAACGGUGAAGCGUUCGCGCUUCGACCAGACAGAGCCGGAACCCAAGAGGACAUCGCGGUUUGACCGUCGCUCGCGAUCUCCCCCGUCGCGUCGCUCUGAACCCGGAAGAGAUCGCAGCCCCAUUGCAAAAGAUGCGACCCCCGAGGCAAGGAAAUCUCCAACUGAUGCUGCCGCUGCCGCUGCUGCCGCUGCGGCGCGCAUCAACGCGCAGCUCCAAGCUCGUAAGGGAAUCCAGCAUGUCGAUGUACCUCCCAUCAGGUCGGCUGAUACCGACUCACCACCGUCGCGACCAACCUCGACUCCACAAAGCGCAAACAAGACAGCUCCGGCACUCGAUGGCGAGAUGUAUGUUGCAGAUGGUGACUAUAUCCAGGACAUCGAAGUCAAUGACCUCAGGAAUCGCUACCUCCUCACCAAAGGAUCCACGCAGAAAAUGAACCGCUCCUUUGGAUUUAUUAUGCACUUGAAUCGAGAAUAUCAUGCUUACAGCUUGAUAGCUCGCUUCAAUACCCCCUUCGUUGCUCCUGCUGACUCCCACUCGAUUAGAUCAAAGACGAAACCGGCGCUGCAAGAUAUUACCACCCGGGGCAGCUACUAUCCCAACAAGAGUAUGGCAACCGCUGCGAACCCUCCGUUGUACCUUCACAUCACGAGCACGAGCAAGUCUGGUUUGGAGGCCGCUGUCGCCAAGAUCAACGAACUUAUUCAACAGGAACUCCCUCAGCUUGUCGAUGAAAGGCGUUUUCGCCGUCGAGACCAGGAGCAGGUUGAACGUGAUGAGUUUGGCCGACGUAAAUGGCCCGAAGAGAAGAUUCCUAUCAGUUUAGAGCCCGUAUAUGGGUUCAAUUUGCGUGCUCAGGUCGUUGGACACGGAGGUGCCUACGUCAAGCAUAUCCAGCAAGAGACAACUUGUCGCGUGCAGAUCAAGGGACGAGGUUCUGGAUAUCUCGAGGCAGCCACUAACCAAGAGAGCGACGAAGACAUGUUCCUCCAUGUGACCGGUCCUGACCCCAAUAUGGUUGCGAAAGCCAAGGAGCUUUGCGAGGACCUGAUCGCCAAUGUCAAGGAACAGUAUGAAGAGUUCAAGAGUCGUCCACCGCGCUACGGCGGCGACCGCUACGGAGGGGACCGCUAUGGGGGUGAUCGUUACAAUGGUGGCGGUGACCGAAACCAUUCCCAUGGUGGCUCACACGGAACUUCUCAUGGUUCAUAUGGCGCCUCUGGCUAUGGUGGAUACGGGUCUAACCCGGCUGGUGCUUCAAACAGUCCAGCCGCUGCUGGCGUGAACAGCCCGACCAAUGCUGCUGACUAUGCCGCCCAGUACGCCCAGUACUACGGUGGCGCAGAUCCCUACGCAGCCUAUGGUGGUUAUGCUAACUAUGUUGCUAUGUACCAGCAAUACUAUGGAGCUCAGGCUCAAGCACAGGCUCCCGGCCCUCCCGGUGCCACGCCCGGGCAGUCAGCUUCACCUCCUCCGCCCCCGAGUGAGGCCGCUCCUCCUCCGCCGCCGCCGCCCAGCUCGGCACCUCCCCCGCCUCCCCCUUCUGGGUCCCCCCCGGGAACAGGCGGGAGCUAUGGUUCGGUUCCUCCUCCGCCAGGUCUUUGA